AUGGCCCAGUCUUGCUUCACGACAGACGGCAUUGAAGCUCUUGGGAUUGGAAGCCGUACACACCUCUAUGCACAAUCCCUUCUGAUCGUCUUCAUCUCCUUUAUCGUGCGUAAACGCGGCAAACCGCAUACUACUGCGACCUACCUCUGGCGCCUCCAACUCUACACCUUUGGUGCGCUCGCCAUAGCCUGCAUUUUCCAACGAAGCAAAGGCAAACUUAGCAUGUUCUAUGAAAUCGCCGCCUACCACACCGGAGCUCUGCUCCUCUGGAGUGCAGUGGUUGGGAUGAUGAUUCAAAAGGGCGAAUCCCCUUUGACACUAAAACACAAUAUCCCAGUCAACAUCCCGGGGACUGGUCGUAAAAGGAGAAAAAUAGAAGUCACCCUUCCGACCCUAACGCCAAGUUUCAUUCUUUUGGGAUGCCUCAUCUACAUGGUUUUGGCCUGGGUCAUUUUUUUCAAAGAUUCAAGCUGCAAGUCCGACAAUCGCCCCCUUCGUUGGAAGCCCUGGCCAUGGAGCCCGCCAGUCACCAUCAACGGUACCGGCAAGGGUAGCCUCUGGGUUCUCCUGUGGCUUUAUGUCCCUAUGGUGGCCUUCAUCCUCGUCCCACUUGUGCUGCGCAUGGCACCGUGUUUCAAGCACUUUUUCUCCUCGCUCUGCACUUAUGCCCUCCUUGCCGCCUACUUAUUACUUUGGGUAAAAGAGGUCUACGGUAUUGAGGCAUCCAUAAUGAUCAAUCAGUUGAAUAGUAGAAAUGAGUUCGAAUUCGACUUUGGACAGAUCCUAAGCCUUGUUCUCGUGAUGCCUUAUAUGGAGAGGGUUUUCAAUGAGAUCGUCUGA